AUGGCUGCUUCACAGGUCAAGGGCUCCCAGUUGGAAAAAGUCAAACGUCUCAAGGAGUUUACCAGCCUAACUGACCGAGAGGCGAUUCAACGGUUAAAGAGUAGCAACUGGGAUGUCAAUGUCGCCCUCAAUGCAUAUUACGAUUCUGAACCUCGGUCCCAAACGAACAAUACCAACUGCAAUGUGAGCGAGAUUGAAAGCACCUUUGAUAAAUAUAGAGAUCAAGAUGAAAAGGAUAAGAUCACUAUUGAGGGUGCUAUGGAGCUCUGUCAAGACUUGGGUAUCGAGCCGACGCAGUUUGAGUUUUUGAUCAUGUCACACCAGCUAGGAUCAGAGCGGAUGGGCGAGUUCCAACGCAAACCCUUUGUACAAGGAAUGGUGCGGCUGCAAUGCAACACGAUCCAAGAGUUGAAGGAAGAAUUACCCCAGCUGAUGAAAUUGUUGGACGAUCCGGAACAGUUCCGUGCCAUCUACAAUUAUGCAUUUAUCCUUGGUCGUGAACAGGGUCAAAAGAGCCUAUCUCUCGAAGCUGCCAUUGAGCUAUGGCGACUAUUGCUCAAUAACCGCUUUACCAUGUUGGAGGAUUGGAUCACCUUUUUAGAAGAAAAGCAUGGCAAGGCCAUCUCAAAGGAUACCUGGACUUUGUUUCUUGAUUUUGCAAGUCAACCCAACAUCGACCUCAACGCGCACGAUUUGAUGGGUGCAUGGCCAAUCUUGAUCGACGAAUUCGUAGAAUACAUGCAGGAGAAGCAGUAG